AUGCGGCUCUUCUUUCUCACGUUGUCUUUGGUCCUCUUACCAGUCUGUUUGGCCGCUGGACAGGAUGCCGGAGUUCGAGAUGCUACGCCCUCCGCCCAAGGUAUCACUGCAAGGCAAGCAUCCUCCGGCAGUGAGUGGCCGAUCGAGAAUGACGGAGUCAACGACAUCGUCGAGUGGGACCAUUACAGCAUCUUCGUGAAUGGCAAACGGCUGUUCCUCUUCACCGGUGAAAUGCAUUACUGGCGCAUACCCGUACCAGAGAUGUGGCGCGACAUACUCGAGAAGAUCAAGGCGGCUGGUUUCACGGGCUUCACGUUCUACUCCAGCUGGGGUUAUCACGCCUUCAACUCCACUUCAGUCGACUUUGAGACUGGAGCGCAUGACGUUGGACGGUUCUUUGCCCUCGCAAAAGAAAUCGGACUUUAUAUCGUCCUGCGCCCAGGGCCGUACAUCAAUGCCGAGGCGAAUGCUGGUGGCUUCCCGAACUGGCUGUGCUCCGGAGCAUACGGUGCGCUGAGAAACAGCGACCAGCGGUACAUCGAAGCUUACACGCCUUAUCUGAAGGCAUUUGCUGAAGCGGCGUUGCCGUACUUAAUCUCCAACGGCGGCAAUGGUAUCUUGUAUCAGAUCGAAAACGAGUACGGCGAACAAUGGAACGGCGACCCGGCUGAAAGACACGCGAACCACAACGCCUCUGUGUAUAUGAACGAUUUGGAGGUGCUUGCUCGUGAUAGUGGCAUCGAUGUGCCUCUGGCUUUCAACAAUCCAAACAUGGACACUUACUCUUGGUCUUCAGAUUUUGCUCCCGGCGCACUCGGCAAUACAGACCUCAGCGGCGUCGACAGCUAUCCCUCAUGCUGGACUUGCGACCUUAGCCAAUGUGCCGGCACGAAUGGUCCUUACGUCCCUUAUCAAGUGAUGGACUACUACAGCUACUUCGAGAGCUUUCCGAACACGACGCAGCCGAACUUCUUGCCAGAGUUUCAAGGUGGUAGCUUCAAUCCGUGGGGAGGGCCUCAAGGUGGCUGUCCUGCGGACAUCGGGCCUGACUUUGCCAAUCUGUUCUACCGCCAUAACAUAGCCGCACGGGUCACAUCGUUCAACCUUUAUAUGAUGUAUGGCGGAACUAACUGGGGCUCCUUCGCUACGCCCACUGUCGCGACCAGCUACGACUACUCCGCGCCGAUCAGCGAGGAUCGGUCGCUCUGGGACAAGUACUCGGAAACGAAGCUACUUGCCUUGUUUACCCGCGUAGCAUCCGAUCUGACACAAACAGACAGGCUACGGAACAGCACGAAACUUACGACCAACCCAGCCGUCCUGACGACUGAGCUUCGAAAUCCGCAGACGAAUGCCGCCUUCUACGUCACAAUCCAUGCCAACUCUUCGUCAGAUAGCCUGGAAAGGUUCAAGCUGCACGUUGGCACCUACGAGGGCGCUUUCACUAUCCCGCAGUACAAGUCCACCAUAGCGCUGAAUGGUCACCAGUCCAAGAUCAUCGUGACCGACUUCACCUUCGGAAACGGUCACCUAGUCUACUCUACUGCCGAAGUGCUGAGCUACAUCGUCACCGAUGGUGAGCCAACUCUGUUCUUGUGGGUACCAGACGGAGAGGGUGUGGAGUUCUAUCUCCGAGAUGCUCAUAGCGGACGGCACGCCAACGGCGACGGGUGCACCGGCCCUAGCAUAGUCAAUGCAAAGACCGGAAGCGGCACGAUUGUCAGCUUUGACAAGGCGAGCGGCACUAGUGUCUUCACUUUCACUGCAAGCCGGGGCCACAGUAGUGGCAAGCAGGUCCGAGUAGUGGUCAUGGACAGGUCCACCGCCUACACUGCUUGGGUUCCAACUCUCUCGACCGACCCAUUUGCACCAGCCAACGAGACGGUGUUUGUUCGCGGCCCGUAUCUCGUCCGUAGUGCAACACUCGAAGGGAGCACCCUCUCUGUCUCCGGGGAUGUGACAACAGCUACGACGAUUGAGGUCUUUGCACCGCGAAACGUCCGUGCAUUAUCGUGGAACGGGAAAACAGUGGAAGUAUCUCGCACGAGUUACGGGAGUUUGAAGGCGCAGCUUCAGGGCGUUAAACAGCACAGCGUGGUGCUUCCAGAGCUAUCCGGCUGGAAAUCAGCGGACAGCUUGCCGGAAAUUGCGCCAGGUUACGAGGCGUCAAGCGCUGCAUGGGUUGUACUCAGUGGCUGGAGUGCCUGGCUGAACGGCGAACACAUUGGUUCUUUCCUCGGGAACGUCAGCCUCGAAUCCGGGAACAAGACACUGUCCUUGGACGAGACUGCAUUGAAGAGUCGCAACACGCUUACUGUCGUGCACGAUAUCACCGGUCACGACGAAACGCCCACGUAUCUGACUCCGCGUGGGAUCCUCGCAGCGAGCUUGCAGGGUGGUGCCAGGUUCACGUCCUGGAAGGUCGCCGGCACUGCUGGUGGUACGAGCACGCAGCUUGACCCGGUGCGCGGAGCGCUUGCCGAGGGCGGUCUCUAUGCGGAGCGACUGGGCUGGCAUCUGCCGGGGUUCGACGACAGUGCUUGGAAAACGAGCUCUCCACCCACCGACGGUCUGACUGGUCCUGGAAUCCAGUUCUAUCGGACCGUGGUGCCUUUGUCCUUCCCUCUCGGCCUGGACGUUAGCAUCUCCUUCAAGCUCUCUGCUCCCCAUAGCCACAAGCUUCGCGCACAGCUCUUUGUCAACGGAUACCAAUAUGGACGCUUCAACCCGCAUAUCGGGAACCAGGUCGACUUCCCUGUCCCGCCUGGCGUGCUUCACUACAGUGGGAACAACACCAUUGGCCUGGCGGUGUGGGCGCAGAGUGAGGAGGGUGGACAGGUCGGCAUUGACUGGAAGCUGAACUACGUCGCUGAUUCGAGCUUAGAUGUGCUGUUCGAUGGAGAUUAUUUGAGGCCAGGAUGGAGCGCUGAGAGGUUGCAAUAUGCUUGA